AUGGAGCAUCAACGACUUAAGCAAAGUACCAACACCGACAACAACCAAGAUGAUGAAGAUGGUGAGUACAAAGAUGGUGAUUGUGGCAACGAUGUUAGUGGUGAGGACGAAACAGUGAUUGAAAAACGAGACCUGAAAAUUACCAAGAGGUACGGUUGGCCAAUACGAGUACAUGAAGUAUACAAUCUCUUACUUAUUCAGCCAAAGUCGAAGUGUAAAGACAAGAAAAAAUGCACAGAUGCUUUCAACAUGUAUGAUCAGUACCCUCUUAUUAUACAGAGGGUUAUGUUGUGUUUCAUUUCAUCGAAAAUAGUUAUAAUCAUACGAGAACAUUUUGACCCAUAA